UCCAACUUAGUUACUUCUUCACAAUGACUGCCAGGUGCCUGCCCUUGCUGCUGAUCCUUCUGCUGACGAUCCUCCUCCCGGCAGAUGGCUUCUAUGAUGAUGUCAGCGUGGAGGCACAGCCCCGCAUCAUUGGUGGCCAGGUGUCCAGAAUCAAGGACGAGAAGUACCUGAUGCAGGUGACCACUUCCACGGAGAUGUGCGGCGGUUCGCUGAUCCUGCCCCGUUGGGUCAUCACCGCCGCCCACUGCGUCCACAACAAGCGAAAGGAGGAGUUCAAGAUCUUGGGAGGGGCCUCGAAUCAGGCAGGACCUUAUGCCACCACACGGUACGUGGAUAUGAUCCUCGUUCGUCCGGACUUCAAUCCCAAGACACUCAACAUGGACGUGGCCCUGCUCCGCUUGAGUGCCAAUAUGAGUGGCUCCAAUAUAGAAACCAUUCCGUUGGCAUCUCAGACCGUACCCGCCCGGGCGCCGGUCAAGGUAUCUGGCUGGGGCUUCACGGAGGCGGACGCCACCACCACUGCCCUGCGGGUGCACAGUGUCGUCGUGCCGAUGUGGUCCCGGGCAUCCUGUGUUGCCGCCUUUCGCGGCAUCCACCGCAUCACCCGCUCCAUGGUGUGUGCCGCCAAGUUGUAUAAGAAGGACUCCUGCGACGGGGACUCGGGAGGACCUCUGGUCUACCGUGGCGAGUUGGCCGGCAUUGUGUCCUUUGGCUACGGAUGCGCUUCGUCCCUGCCCGGCGUUUACACGAGUGUGCCCGAAAUCCGGAAUUGGAUCCACCGUCAAGUGAAAGAACAUUCCGCGGCUAUAUAUAUUCCGGCUUGGAAACCCUACGGCUUUGAACUCCAUCAGACCAUGUUUCAAGUAUUCCUUGUGGCGUUUCUACUUCUCCAACCGGAGACCGACGCUCGAAAGUCCAAAAUCUUUGGUGGCGAAACGAAAUCCGUGGAGGACUACCCAUAUCUGGUUAAUAUUCGACGUGGGGGCACUUUCCGCUGUGGCGGGGCUCUAAUCUCGCCCAGCUGCGUCCUCACGGCGGCCCACUGUCUGGAGGGGAGACCCGACCGCGUCAGGGACUUGAGCGUCCACGCCUUACAGCAGUGCCUCAAUGAUGCACCCGCUCCGGAGCACGUCCGAUGGGCUUGGUAUGCCAAAGUAAGCCCAGACUACGCGCCCAGACGUGGACUGGACGCAGAUGUGGCUGUGAUCCGGCUAUCCCGUCCCUUCGACAUAUCCGGAAAGGCCAGUCUCGCCAAGAUCGACUACAACGAACUCCCCCGGCAUAUGAAUCUCACAAUCAUGGGCUGGGGCAUGACCGAAGAGAACACUCAGGACUGGAACCAGUGCCUCCAGGUGGCAGAAAUCCAGAAGCUACCGCAAGGGGAAUGCAUCCGACGGAUUGGCACUCCCCAGCACCCCGUCACUGGGAACAUGUUUUGUGCCAUUGGCGAGAAUGCGACGGAUGCCUGUCCGGGUGACUCCGGAGGACCGGCUAUGAGCGAUGGCCGAGCGAUCGCGGGCCUAGUCUCCUGGGGCUAUGGAUGCGGAAGAGGCUAUCCGGGGAUCUAUACUCGCCUCAGCAGCCCACGGAUUUCCUUUUGGCUAAAGUACUUUGUGGCGGAUCAUUGUUGGGGCUCUUCCGGGGUAACUAGUUUCCCAAAUCGUGUGGAAAAUUUCUGUCCAAUUAGCACUUCGGAAAUGACUCUGUUAACUCUGGACCCGGUCCGACAGUCUGGACACGCCAUGAUCCGGGUGUGGUUGUUCUGUCUGUUGGGUUCCGUGACUUCCACUUCCGCCAGCAGGCCCCGUAUUGUGGGCGGCACGGAGACCACAAUAUCACAAGUUCCCUAUCUGGUCAACCUCCGCCAGAAUGGUUUCUUUAUCUGUGGCGGAUCACUGAUUUCCACUAGCGUCGUCCUCAGUGCAGCCCAUUGUGUCUACGGAUCUCGGCCAGAGGAGUAUACCGUCCAAGCUGGAGCCAGUCGCCUGGAUGAAGAGGCUCCGGUGGUGCGGAAGGUGUCUCGCUUUCACGUUUCCCCCGACUACUCGGCCACCAACUUCGACAUGGACGUGGCGCUGUUGCAGCUGCAGGAGAAGAUUACCUUGAUCCCCGGCAAGGUGUCAACAAUAGCUCCCUGUCGCAAUCCCCCCGAGAACAAUGCCUACGCCAGGAUAAGUGGUUGGGGAGUGACUCGCGAAAGUAAUCGAGAUCCUGCACCUCAAGUGCGUACAGCCUUGGUGCGGGUGCUUCCCAACGUGGAAUGCCAAGUGGCCUACGCCGGAGUGGCCCGUCUAAGCGACUCGAUGAUCUGUGCUGCCGUUCGAGGUUUAAGGGACUCCUGCUCCGGGGACUCUGGAGGUCCGUUGGUGUAUCGGGGCCAGGUGUGUGGCAUUGUCUCCUGGGGAUUCGGUUGUGCGCGUCUGGCCUUUCCGGGCGUGUACACCAAUGUGGCCAGCGAAAGGGUUCACGACUUUAUUGAACAAAGCCUUGGAAGGAUGGGAAAAUAUUUGUCUAGAAGCUACAGAUUUAUUUCCAUUAAUGUGAUAAUAAAAAUGCAUUCCGAUCUAGAUUCAGAUCCAGACUAUAAUCCAAUUAAACAAUCACCUAACUCCGAUAGCUCGGAUAACUCACAUUACAGAGUAAUAGUCUCCAAACAAGGUCAUCAAAAGUGUCGAGAGCAUGAGAGUAGAGUGCCCGAAACCGAAGCAUGGAGUGAGCUGAUGGCGACACUGUUCUGGUUCACCCUGCUCCACCUCGUCUGCCGGAUGGUCUCGGCUGAGAACGAAGCCAACAGCCGGAUAGUGGGCGGCGUUCCCGUCGACAUUGCCAGUGUUCCCUAUCUGGUCAACCUACGCAUCUCGGGAAACUUUAUAUGCGGCGGGUCAUUGGUGACGCCCCAGCACGUGGUUACAGCGGCGCACUGCGUCAAGGGAGUGGGCGCUUCCCGUGUCCUGGUCGUGGCCGGGGCCACGCGACUCACAGAACCGGGGGUGAGAGUGGGCGUGGAGAAGGUGUACACCCCGAAAGCCUACAACACCCGGACCCUCAGCACAGACGUUGCCGUCCUGAAGCUCAAAACGCCCAUUAGUGGUCCCAAGAUAGCCACCAUUGAGCUGUGCAACACCACCUUCAAAGCCGGCGACCUCAUAAAGGUUUCCGGCUGGGGACAGAUCACAGAACGGAAUAAGGCUGUCUCCCUGCAGGUGCGCAGCGUGGAGGUGGCCCUCAUUCCGCGCAAGACCUGCAUGAAUCAGUACAAGAUGCGUGGCACCAUCACCAGCACCAUGUUCUGCGCCUCGGUGCCAGGAGUGAAGGACUCCUGCGAGGGCGACUCUGGCGGACCGGCUGUCUACCAAAAUCAGCUCUGUGGUAUCGUUUCGUGGGGCGUUGGCUGUGCCCGGAAGAGCUCACCCGGAGUCUAUACGAAUGUGAAGACUGUUAGGAGCUUCAUCGACAAGGCGUUGAAUAUGUAGACAAGUUCAUGAAUCAUAAAUACAGAUAGUCCAAUGGAUAUCCUUAUAGCUCUUA